GUCUGUUGCUCUCCUCGUCUGGCCUCUUGUCAUCUUCGUCAUCUUGGCCAUCACCCGUUCACAGUUCCCUCCAAAACUCAAAUACACAUGUUAUGUGGCCCCACGAAACCUUCCAAGCACCGGGUUUUUCCCUUUCCUGCAGACGCUUAUGUGUAACACAGACAGUUCCUGCACCAACAAAUCCUACCUGACAGAAGGACAGUCUAGAACUUACUGGCACAGAGGCAAUCGCCGGCGCAGGGAUACCGAAUCUUACAGUUUACCAUCACUACUUGAAGGUCUACCUUCACUGGCCCAUCUCCAGAAGGGUGGCCUGGUUCAUUCAAUACUUAAAAGGGAUACAUCAGAUCAUCCAGAACUCCUAGAGAUAUGGGACCGAGUACUCAAUUCCAGCCUUGAAACAAAUCCCAAUGUAACCUCAAUCAUGGAAGCUUUAAACAACACUGCACAGCUUAAUCAGGAGGAAAUGGAAGCUAUUUGGGAGUCAGUGAGCGUUUUGAAAAAAUCCAUCUGCAGCUUCUCCUUGACUUCCGUUAACCUAUUAAACAGUUCCCAGGCAGAUUUAUUCACAAACAGUCUUAUGAACUUCUGCCAGUCCAACGACACUGUUCUUGAAGCGACUUUGCUUACCAUGAACCAGGUGCUGAUAGACAUGUUGCUAAAUAACCCGGCAGAAGUGUUGCAUACGGUUGGGGAGACGGUGGUGGUGGUAGAUACGCUUCAGACGGAAAACUCAGUGUGGGACUUCUUGCUGGGCUUGCCUGAUGUCUUCCUAAAGCCCACGGAUCAAGAGAAGCUAACAACUGCAGGAGAGGAAUUGGAAAAUCUGAAAAAAGUCUUGAGUUUUGUUGAGAUGAUUUUGCCCCAGGCAAAUGUUUCUACCUCCUUCAUGAACCCAUUCCUUGAGAAAGGCAUUGGUAUUUUCAACUACACCAGUUCUUGGCAAGGAAGAGAUGAAUACAUCAAAAUGAGUGAUAUUGUGACACUGGACAGCAUUGUUUCAAACAACACAGUGAUAACAGACCUUAUCAGUAAAAUCCAGAUUCCUCUGGAUAAGGUUACUGUGCUGUUCAACGAAAAUGACUUUCGUACGUUUUUGAGCGACAAUGACGUCACUUCCUCUUACAGUUGGAGUUGGGAAGCGGGCCAGAUAUUUCAGAGGAUAAAUAAGGGGAUGGUUGCUCAGCAGAUGCUGUCGGCCUGGAGUCAGGGCUCUUCUUCAGCAGACGUGGCUUUUGUUAAAGAGUUAGUAAGCAGCUUCCUGGGCCUUGUUUCUCCAGCAAGCUCUGGUGGUGUUUCCGAAAGCAGCAGGCCCUCACGCAGCACCAGUGACGCAGAACCAAGGACCCUGGUGGAACAAAUAUUUCUAGGGAUCGGCAAUACAGCAUUCGAUCUAUUAAGUGGAAUACCUGGAUGGGAGUACAUUCAGACUUUCCUGAUGAGUGGCCAUUCAUCCAUGCAGAUUGCAAGUGUUGCAAUGGAAAUGCAGCUACCAUUCAUUAAACUGGUCCUGAGCGACGCCAACCGUGUCCAGGAGCUUUUCCGUUCCCUUGCUCAGAAUGAGACAUUUGCUAAUGCCUGGGCUGGUCAUGUCAUGGACUCCAUUGAGCAAACUCUGGUCAAGGUUUUCGAAGGCAAUACUAACUGCAGCGAUCUUUAUGCUCCCUGGGCAUGGAUGUCAGCAUACAUCUCUAUAGACCACGACCUUUGGGACACUUUGGUUUGCUCUGGAAAUGACACACGUCUUGGGCAAAUGUUGAUGACAUCCUUUUCUCCUCUAGCUGAGAAGGUCCAACAGUUGGUCGGUAUAGUAGGUGGGAAUGUAACAUACAAUGUCACACCCUCCGUGAUGUUGGCAGAGUGGCACCAAAUAUUCACAACAUCCUCAAAUUAUGGCACUGCCCUACAAUAUCUGGUAACUGAGUUCGGUCAGACAAACAUUACAGCAUGGAUUCCUGAGCAAAUGCCAGUUCAUUUGUCCCAGAUUCUUCUCACCAGGAGUUUGGACACAAUUAAAACCGUGGGCUCUAUGCUGGAGAAUAGCCAUCAGUGGCCAUCUAUUGAACCAUACUUUAACAUGGCUUAUUGGAUUAUGAACUACCAACCAAAUGUCACAGCAUCACCAAACUGCAUUCUUGGUUCAUCUGGCCUUACAUGUCAGACAGGGUUUACUUGGGAAACAUUUGUGCCAUUAAUUCAGACAAUGAUCUCUGAAGUAUCAAGCAAUCCUGCUGGCCUGCUGAGACCUAUCCAGGGAACAGUGACUCUCUUGGAAAGUGUCUACCAAGACACAUACAUGUCACUGUUGCAACGUGUUCUUGCCAGCAAUUCCAGCAGUUACACUUUACCACAAGACCUGAUGAUGAGUCUCAUCAAUACAGUACAUAAGGAAAUUCAACUUCUCUCCAAUAUCGAAUCCACCGAGCAGUUUGACACUCAGCUCUCACAAUCUGUGUUAAAUGACAUCUUGGCAGCUCUUGGACUGGGACAGCUAGAAGACCUCUUGUCAGGUGGUUUCCCCAUAUCCACCUUCAAUCCAGUUCUUCAGAACAUUCUUCAGUUCCUGAGAAACGACUCCGUCCAGAUGCUACAAAACGAGGGAGGGUUUGCAGUGCUUAAUGAAGUUUUGAGCCAACUCGGAGCUGUCCUGCCGCCACAGCAACAGGAUCAGUUAGAAGCUGUGCUCAAUUACACUCAUGCCCUGAUUGGAGAUCUGGAGAUCUGCUCAGCCGUUGGUCAUAACUGUUCUAAUGAUGUCCUGAACGUGUUUGGGCUUCUUAACAUUGUUUCUCAACUUUCAAACGACACAAAUAUUGAAAACUUAACCGUUAAUAGUAACAUGACUCUCUCUGUUGUUGGCGAUGUGCUAUCUCUUAUCCUGCCGUGGAGCAUGUCACUACCACCAAAUUCCUCCAUGGAAAUCGUCAGUAAGGUCCAACAUCUUCUCAAGCUGAUUUAUGGAUCUACUAAUGCCAAUUCAACAAGCAUCACUGAGGCGCUACAACUCUCCAAUCUCACUAUUUCUGAAUUACAACAAAUCUCUGAUGUCAUCAACAUCUAUAACUGGUCAGCAGUUAACAGCGUACUAGAUCCUCUGGCCAUCAUUAAUAUGAUCGGUCAAACCCCACAGUGCCUAAAUGAUCCAACCAUUCUCCAAUCUUCUCAAGGACCACCUUUCUACGGAGAGGCUGACUGUGUACUUCAGUUCAUUCAGACCGCUGUUGGUUCACUACCUGUGGCAAAGGAAAUCCAAACAACUCUUGGAGACUGGCUCAACAUCACUGCUGGUGAAUUAAGGAAUCUGUCAAAUCCUGAAACUGACCCACUUGCAAUGACAGAGGAGAUUUUGACAACAACCCUAUCAACCAUCAGACAAAAUCUUCAGAGUCUACAUGUGGACAACAUGACUAUGAUUACUGGUGAGCUUGACAUUUUGGAGAACCUCUUGAAAGUCGCUUUCAACGAACACUAUCCGUAUCAAACCAUUAACUCUCAGUUGAUGGCUCAGGGACAGUAUGCACAGAAAGUGUAUGAAGACAUCACAUUGUGGUACCUAAACAAACUCGGAAACGCCACCAGCGGCAGCACGUUUGCAGAGAUUCUACAACCCCUGAUUCAAAUGACGAAAAUGCAUGUGGAACUCAUCAGUUCAGAAAUGGAGAAGCAAACAAUGAUAAUGAAUCAGAUCCAAAACUUGACAGUCCAUGUGAAGGUUCCUCUAGAUAGUGAAGAUCUUAUGCAAGUUGGCAAUACAGUCAUGACCAUAUUGCAGGGUGAGCUGGAACGGAUUAAAACAAACCUUCAAAUCCAUCAGGCACUCUUCGGUUCCACUGGCUCGCAAGUGAAUGCUAGUUUCCCAACUGAAAUCGAAGCUCAGAUCAUGACUUACCUCAACUUGACAAAGGAUUGGAUCACUAAUCAGCAACUAACAACAGCUCUUGCCAAAAUCUUGCAAUGGAACACAAGCUCUCUUGAUAUCACAACACCUGGGAUUGAUCUGGAGCAUCUCAUCCAAGCCAUGGCCCCCCUGUUCCCUACUGAAGAACAGUCUUUCCUUGCUGUUGCUGACAAGGUUUCUCAGGCAAUAAACCAUGCUAUCCUUGUAGCUAACACGGAGGGUGGUCUCCAAAGUGAAAACUUCAUCAAAGCAAUUGCCAGUACUGUGAAUGUGGUUUUGGAGAGCAUGUCUAAUGAGACAGCACCUCUACCUCAGGAUGUAAUUCCUGGUAUACUUAGUGCUUUUCAAGGUUCACUCCAACUGAUCCUGAACCCAAAUGCACAAACUGGAAACCUCACAAGGGAGACUAUUAAUCAAGUGAAUGGAGUAAUGCAAGCUCUCUUGCCAGUGGAGGCAAAUCAGGUGCUGGUUCCCAUCUCAAACAUCCUUUUCGCCUAUUUGCCGACCUUCUUGCAACGUGGUGGACCUGGGAAUUGGACUGAAUUAAUUCCAAAUGUGAUGACUGAUCUUCAGGAUUCACUGCCGUCAAACAGCACGGCGCAGUCCAUCGUUUCCAUGUUGCUAAACGUCACAGAUUUCAUUCUGAACCCAAAUGGGGACAACAUGACAGAGGACUGGAUUGUUAACCAACUGACAAGCAUAUCUAAUGAGACUGUAGCUCUACCUCUGGAUGUGGUUCACAACAUUCUUGGUUGUUAUUAUGGUUUCCUUCAGAUGAUUGUAAACCCCAAUAUAAGUUUUGCUGAAGCUACCAACCUCACGCUGGACCAUGCCCAGAAGUUGGAUGAAGUACUUUAUGCUCUUUUGCCCGUGGAGGCAACUGACGUGUUGGUUCCCAUCACUGAUAGCUUUUUCAGCUAUCUGAAUAACAUCUCCCAACCUGGUGCAACUGAAGACUGGGAUGAAAUUACACUAAAUAUGAUUGAAGAUCUCCAGAGUUCCCUACCAUUGAACAACACAGCACAGCCCAUCAUUUCCAUGUUUCUGAACAUCACAGAAAGCUUUAUAACUGUUCUUGACCAGAUCCAUGUAGCUAACCUUGAUAAUGGUCUCCAAAGUCAAAACUUCAUUGAAGCCAUGAUCAGUGCGGUGGGUGUGCUUCUGGAGAGCGUGUCUAAUGAGACAGCACCUCUACCUCAGGAUGUGAUUCGUGGUAUUUUUGGUGCUUUUCCUGGAUUACUCCAACUGAUCCUCAACCCCAAUAUGAGCAGUGCACAAUCUGGAAACCUCACACAGGAGACUUUUAAUCAAGUGAAUGGAGUAAUGCAAGCUCUCUUGCCAGUGGAGGCAAAUGAGGUGAUGGUUCCCAUCACAAACAUCCUUUUCGCCUAUUUGCCAUCCUUCUUGCAACCUGGUGGACCUGAGAAAUGGCAUGGAAUGAUUCCAAAUGUGAUGACAGAUCUUCAGGAUUCACUACCGUCAAACAGCACGGCCCAGUCCAUCGUUUCCAUGUUGCUAAAUGCCACAGAUUUCAUUAUGAACCCAAAUGGGGAAAACAUGACAGAGGACUGGAUUGUUAACCAACUGAUGAGCAUAUCUAAUGAGACUGUAGAUCUACCUCUGGAUGUGGUUCACAACAUUCUUGGUUGUUAUUAUGGUUUCCUUCAGAUGUUUCUAAAGCCCAAUAUAAGUUUUGCUGAAGCUACCAACCUCACGCUGGACCAUGCCCAGAAGUUGGAUGAAGUACUUCAUGCUCUAUUGCCUGUGGAGGCAUCUGAUGUGUUGGUUCCCAUCACCGAUAGCUUUUUCAGCUAUCUGAAUAACAUCUCCCAACCUGGUGCAACUGAUAACUGGGAUGAAAUUACAUUAAAUAUGAUUGAAGAACUCCAGAGUUCCCUGCCGUUGAACAACACAGCACAGCCCAUCAUAUCCAUGUUUCUAAACAUCACAGAAAGCAUUAUAACUGUUCUUGACCAGAUUACUCCAGCAGUAAACUAUGCCGUCCAUGUAGCUAACACUGAUAAUGGUCUCCAAAGUCAAAACUUCAUCGAAGCCAUGAUCAAUGUCUUGGGUGUGCUUCUGGAGAGCGUGUCCAAUGAGACAGCACCUCUACCUCAAGAUGUGAUUCAUGGUAUUUUUGGUGUUUUUGGUUCACUCCCACUGAUCCUGAACCCCAAUAUGAGCAACGCACAAACUGGAAACCUCACACAGGAGGCUAUUAUUCAGCUGAAUGAAAUAAUUCAAGCUCUCUUGCCAGCGGAGACAAAUGAGGUGAUGGUUCCCAUCUCUAACAUCCUUUUCGCCUAUUUGCCAACCUUCUUGCAACUUGGUGGACCUGAGAAUUGGACUGAAGUGAUUCCAAAUGUGAUAAAAGAUCUUCAGGAUUCAUUGCCGCCAAACAGCACAGCGCAAUCCAUCAUUUCCAUGUUGCUAAACGUCACAGGUUUCAUUCUGAGCCCAAAUGGGGACAACAUGACAGAGGACUGGAUUGUUAACCAACUAACAAGCAUAUCUAAUGAGACUGUAAAUCUACCUCUGGAUGUGGUUCACAACAUUAUUGGUAGUUAUUAUGGUUUCCUUCAGAUGAUUGUAAACCCCAACAUGAGUUAUCCUGAAGCUACCAACCUCACGCUGGACUCUGCCCAGAAAUUGGAUGAAGUACUUUAUUACUUUUUGCCUGUGGAGGCAACUGAUGUGUUGGUUCCCAUCACCGAUAGCUUUUUCAACUAUCUGAAUAACAUCUCCCAACCUGGGGCAACUGAUAACUGGAAUGAAAUUGUACUAAAUGUGAUAAACGAACUCCAAAAUUCCCUGCCAUCGAACCACACAGCACAGCCCAUUAUUUCCAUGUUGCUAAACAUCACAGAAAGCAUACUAAGCUCCAAUGAGGGAAACUUUACUACCAACUGGUUUGCCAACCAGUGGAAUGGAAGCUUUGCAGAUAACACAGCAUCCAUGAUGGAGCUUGACCAACUCAUCCAAUCCCUACUCUCGCCUGAAGAGAUGGCCUUCUUCGCCAUUUCUCAUCAGGUGUCUCAGCAACUAAACAAUGCUCUACAGGUUGCCAGCACCGAUGGUGGUCUUCAAAGUGAAAACUUCAUAGGAGCUAUCAUCAGCGCUGUGAGUGUGGCUUUGGAUAGCAUGUCCAACGAGACCGGACCUCUACCUCAGAAUGGGAUUAUAGAUGCUUUACAUGGUUCACUCCAACUGAUCCUGAACCCCAAUAUGAGCUACGGCCAAGCUAACAACGUGACACAAGAGAUUGUCCAAAGUGUGGAUGAAGUUAUUCAGGUGCUUCUGCCGGCAGAGGCGAACGAGGUGUUGGCACCCAUCACAAAUGUAAUUUUCACCUAUUUGAAGACUGUUUCCAGACCUGGUGGACCUGACAAAUGGAAUGAAGUCAUCGUAAAUGUGAUAAGAGAGAUUCUGGAUUCUCUCCCAUCAAACAGCACAUCUCAGUCCAUCAUGUCUGUGGCUUUUAAGGUCAUAGAGUACGUUCUGAGCCCACAUCAAGGCAAUAUAAACCUGUGGGAUAACUUUGGAAACUAUAGUCUUGGCAACAUCAGUGAAAUAACAGAACAGCUGGCCGAGUUCAUAAGUUACGUGUCACCAUUCAUGAACGAGUCCUCUCAGACUGUCACUGAAGCUGCAGCUGUUCUGGUUCAGAUCCUCUCUGGCAAUGCUGACCAAGACACCUUUGAAAAGUUGGAGAAAAUGCUGGCGGAUUUCUUGUCAACUUUCAAUGAAACUGAUAUGUGGGAGUCAUUGCCCUCUGUUGUGUCUACAAUGCAGAUGAUCAUGGUCAACACUACUCAAAACAUGACGGCGCAAACAGAUUUCUUCUACACACUUCAGGGGCCGUUGUCCAGCCUUUUGACUGAUAUUUUUCAAGCCGUGAACGCAAGUGGCUUCACUGUUCCGCAGAUUGUUGAUGGAUUGCCGCAGGCUCUUCUGUCAACAACAGAAGUUGCUGUACAGGCUGGUUUGGGGCAUCAAAGCCUGAACUGCAGCCAGAUUGAGGAGAUAUGGCAGGAGAUCGUCCAGGUUGCUGGGAUCAGUGAAGAUAAUGUUGUCUCAUGGUGUAACAUCAGUCUACAGCCAGUCAUUGCAGCUUUUAAUACACCAGAAUAUGCAGCAACAAUUUACAAUAUGACGGAGAUGGACCCUCUGUGGGUAAACGCCACUGCAGAAAUGAUAGUCCAGUCGAUGGAGAUGCUUUACGAAGCUGGUUUGAACCACACCAUUGCUAGUGAACACCUAAUGGAAACCCUGUUGUAUUACACAUCAACUUUGUCCAACCUUUCUGUGUCAGAAAUAACAAACCUGUCUGACUGGAAUGUCCAGCUUUAUCAAAGCAUGUCCUCAAUGGAAAUGGCAUUGGACCAAAUCAGCACAGAGUAUCCAUGGAUGACACCAUACGUCGAGGCAAUUGAAGAAGCCAUGGAGUACUUCCCACAGAGUCUUCUUCAAAACUCAACAUCUGAACAAGAGAUUGUCAUGCAUGCUUUAGAGAUCGUCCUAACUGGAAUGAACUUUACAGAGGACUCCAUCGAAUCUAUACUUGGUGGGAACGUACACUCCAAUGCAAGCACAGUUGACACUAUUAUAAAAGAUGUGAUCCAACAAAUCAUUAAUAUGGAAUUGCUGGGAGAUGUGCCAAUGCUGUAUGAUAUAUUGCAACAGGGUCUAUAUUUGGAAGACACGAGCGGCAUCCUAGGGAAAACUGUUGAAUUUGUCAACUGGCUAAUCUUUCCCGAAGAAACUGGAACCAGUUUUGUCAUAGAGGGCCUGAUAAAGUUAUAUGAGAUAUUAAGGCAACUUCUGCAAUCUCUACCCACAGCACCAUCUCCACUAAAUUGCUUUUCGGAUACCUUCAUUGACAUGGCUGGGAAUGUUUUGUACAUGAUGAAACAAAUCAGACAAACGAGUGAGCUUUUUGCUUCUGAGGAACACUACCUAAACCCACUCCAAAUGCAGCUGGCGAAUGGACAAAACCUAAGUGAUCUUUUGUCCCGUACUAGAAGCACCAGAAGCCUAGUAAGUGACGUCAAGAGGGAACCUAUUGACGACUUCCUCGACCUUCUUGACAUCAACUACAACUUCUUGUUUCUAACACUCUUAGCUCCUCCCACCACAACUGAGAUUCUGGAAACUGUCCAUGUGUUCUUUGCAAAUCCGGACCUGGCUGUCAUACUGAAGGGUGUUUCGGGAGAAAUGACUUCAGGUCAGGAGGAAACCAUUGAUGCGACUCUUAAUGCGCUGACUAGCUUGACGCUCCCCAGCAAUGCAGAAACGUUCCUGGAGAUUUUCAUGAAUAUAAACGAAGAGGGAUUAAAUCUGAACAACCUAGAAAACAUACAAAAGAUGACAGAAAGCCUGGGAAGAAUCGCUGAUGUGGCCACGGUGAUAUCGGAGCACCCCUCUAUAAAUGUUGCAGAAAGAAUUAAGCUUGUGGCUGAACAACUUCAAGCUUCAGUGUCAGACAUCGUCUCAUCUGAAAGAAAUGGCAACACCGCAGUCCAGUUUCUCAAUGCUCUCAAUACCAUCCUUGCUGAGAAUUUUCAAGAAAUUGCAUACAUCAACCCUCAGGCCUCUGGCAUUCUUCAAAAUGUGAUCGGACCAUUUUCCAGUCCAGGGUCGGAAAUGAGCAUAACACCCUAUUUGACAGCUGUCGACCAAACAACUGAAGCCUUCUCCUCUAUGCUGUCUGGAGAUGAAGCGGCGUAUUUCAACAUAUCUAGACAAAUGCUCAAAGCCUUUGCAUUGCUUGAGGCAUAUCCUAGAGAUAUAGAUGAAGUCCUUUUGUCAACCAACCUGAUCACUGACUCUCUCAACAAUCUGCUUAACCUCUCCGGCAUCACAACAACUCCAAAUGGACAGCCUGUUGAAGAAGUCACCCAUUCCCUAAUCCUCAGUAGCACGUUGGCCACCCAAAUUCUGUUUAAUCUCUCCACGUCUGACUACAGCCUGAACAACAAUGCAGAGUGGGAGGGGCUCCUGACUCAAACGUUCAAUCAGAUGUCUGCUGUUCUCCCCACUGAAACCCACGCCUACCUCAACACUGUCAAAUCCAUUCUCUUUUCUGCCCGUUUAAAUUUAUCCAGCCCUGAAGAAAUCAUGACAAACUUCCCAGAAAUCUCUCAGGAGGUUACAGGCUUUCUCCUUACCAUACUUAACGUAACAUACGAUCCAGCGUCCACGCAAAUGACCCCAGACAACCUCACUUACAUCUUGACAACCGUGUCGAACCAAGUGUCCCAGAGCCUUUACGAAGGCCUCACGGCGACCGAUUACCCUAUCCAAUUUUCACAAGUGCUAAAUUCUACAAGUGAUGCUGUAAUAGCUUUAUACUCUAUAAUGCCUGAUGGGGGAAUACCAUAUCUCAAUAUGACAGUCAACCUCAUGGAGACAAUGUCCACUGUCGUUAAUGAAAGCUCGUCUGGGAAUGUAGAUCAAGCAGUAUCUCUCCUGGUCAACACCGUCAACAGUCUUCUUGCCAUGGUGCCACACAUUGAUACCAACACCUCGAGCAGCAUUAUUGGUGACCUCGAACAGACCCUGAAGGCCAUGCUAAUGAUCCUCCAGAUGGACCAAAACCCUCUCACCCAAACGUCUGACAUAACCCAGCAGUUGAUCCACACCAUCCAGAACCUCAUCUUACUGGGCAACAACAGCAUGGAGUUGGACCUAGCCCAAAUAGUUCUGGGGGCUGCUAACAUGAGUAUUGACCAUCUGCUGAUGAUAAAUGAAACCAACUGGAAAGACGAGGUUGCAUCACUGGUGAUGAAUCUAGCCAACAGUUUACCAGACGAUCUGCCGUAUUCUAGUUUCAUCAAGCCCGUCAUGAGGAGUCUGGCAAACGAAUCCCAAGAAAAUCUGGAUCUUCUGCUGCAAGUGAUGAACACUGCUUUUGAAUUUGGCUCAGCCAAUUGGAUGAAUGACAGUUCGGGUGUGAUACUCGAUCGCCUGUUGACUCAGGUGUGUGCUCUGGAAAACAUGGACUCUGUGAAGCUCAUCAGCCAGUCUUUGUUUGUGGACCCCAAAAUGCUGUGCAACUUCGCCGUCCCCACUAUCCAGGCUAUCCGUGUGCUCACGAUCGGUGUGGUGAAUGACAGCAUCAGCGCCUACGAACUGUUUUAUCAGACGUUUGUUGGAGACCCUAGCACUUACAACACUGCAGUGGACUGGACCUCAACGCUCUCUCAGAUUCUUGGCUUUAACAUCUCUUCCCUGACAACUCUCAAAAGUAUUAAUCUGCCAACUCCAGCUGAAGUGAAAGUAUCAGAGCUGCUGAAAAACACAACGCUGUUUGUUGAGGAUGUCUUGCAGCACACCAGGUUUCCUCUUGAAACUCUACUUGCACUUCUCGAUUACCCUUUGCCCAGCAGUAAUCUGCAGUUCUUAACAAUGUUGACAGACCUGCAGCAGUGUUCAGACCCCUCGUCUCUGGGACUCGACCCUGAAGGACAGGCUAUCUUGAAUACUUUCUGCUAUAUGCCAGUUAGUGAGUGGUACACCAUGACAGUUCUUCUGGUUCGGCAUGUGGACAUGAAGACGGCAUUAUUCAGGCUUAUUGUAUCCAAAGAAAUUCAGGAUCUGGUUGGAUUCCUGCUGCAGAUGCUCAAAUUCCUGACAGAUAUGAUGAGCAAGCUGUCUCCUGCCCUUACCAAACUGCAGGGGUACCUGAGUAGCAUUGGAGAUCUAAACCUGGUGGCCAACCAAGAGUUUCACAGUCUGGUAAGAGGAAAGCGUUCCACCAUGUCUAGCAAAGCCACAUUGAGCACGAUCUCUAGCGCCUUGUGCAGAAAUGGCAUUCUGAGUCUUUUCGCCAUCACUAAACUUCCUAUCGGGAUUGAGUCUGAUCCAUCCGUCCAAAACUACCAGGAGAGAGAGCAACUCAUCGAGAAGUUCAAAAUCCCGAAAGAUGCCAGUCCUUUCUGUAUGAACCUCUAUUUGGAUAUGGUGAACACAACAGGGGGUGCUGUGGCCUGGGCCUUCCUUAAGCCCAUGCUUGUGGGACAAGUCCUGUACUCCCCAGACACGCAAUUGACACGAGAAGUCAUCAGAAGGUCAAAUUCAACACUGAAUCAGUUUGGUGAUCUGAAGCUGUAUGCCGCGGAGUGGUUACAGUCAUCGGCCUACGUUAUGCAGUCGGCUGACAUUCUGGCAAAAACGUUGCCAAUUCUUCAGAACUCUCUACGCAGUCCGUUCGUCCAAAACUUCAUUCAGGUCGAGACUGGUAUCGAUGUCGCACAGUUGAGUGCAACGCUUAACCAAUUCUCGAACAUGACUGUUCUUUUGGAAAAAAACAAGUUCAUCAUGGACCAGAUCACCACCCUUUCCAACCUGAUGAUGAAUCUCUCCUCCUGUGUGAACUUCGACCGAUACAGAGGCUUCAACUCUACCGACGAGCUCGAAGUACGCGCCCAGAAACUGGCUCAAAACCGAGAGCUCUACGCCAGCAUCAUCUUUAAACUUCCCUCGGGGUCCUCGAACUCCAGCCUGCCCCCUGCAAUUGACUACACCAUCCGCAUGAACAUCGAAAACUCAAUGCGUACCGACCGUGUGCGAAAUCCCUUCUGGGUAAAGGAUGCCUACAUCUCAGCCACUAACACCAUGCGGUACAGCCGAGGCUUUGUGUACCUGCAGGAGAGCAUUGAGAGGUCCAUCAUUGAAAUGCAGACUGGCAAACCCAUGGACGGGCCCGCGGUACAGAUGCAGGCCUUCCCGUAUCCCUGUUACUACAAAGAUGAAUAUCUAAACAGCAUCGCUUUUGCCUUCCCAAUGGCGCUCAUGAUUUCUUGGGUUCUUUUUGUUGCCAACUUUGUGAAGAAACUCGUCCACGAGAGAGAGCUGCGACUGCAUGAGUACAUGAAAAUGAUGGGGGUCAAUCCCAUGAGCCACUUCUUCGCCUGGUUCAUCGAGAGCGCAGUGUUCCUGCUGGCCACCGUUUUCCUGCUUACCAUCAUUUUGAAAGCGGGCGGCAUCCUCCCUCACAGCGACGGCUUUGUGCUCUUACUCUACUUGUGUGACUACGGCCUCAGCGUCCUCGCCAUCAGCUUCCUGGUCAGCUCCUUCUUCGAUAAGACCAACAUCGCCGGGCUGAGCGGCAGCCUUAUCUACGUCAUCUGCUUCUUUCCAUUCCUCGUGCUGAUUAACCUGGAGGACAACCUCUCGUUCUCUGUAAAGAGCGCUCUGAGUCUCUUUUCUCCGACAUGCUUCAGUUAUGCCAGUCAGUAUAUCUCACGCUAUGAGAAACAAGAGGAAGGCAUCCAGUGGAGCAACAUGUACGUUUCUCCUCUGGCUGGUGACACCUCGUCUUUCGGUUGGCUCUGCUGGCUGCUCCUCAUUGACUCAAUGGUGUAUUUCAUCAUCGGUGUUUACAUUCGCAUGGUUUUCCCAGGAAAGUAUGGCAUAGGAUAUCCCUGGUACUUCCCUUUUACACGCGCCUUCUGGGCAGACGUGUUCAGCUGCUGUAUCAAAGCACCAAAGAAGACUGGCAGAGGGCUGCUUUUUACUAACAUGAUGCAGGAACACAACAUUAAGAAUGACAAGAACAAAGGAAAAAGUAACAGCUUAGCUAAUGGAGAAGAAGACUUUUCACAGUUGCCAGUGGGCGUCUCGCUGUACGGCCUCACGAAGACUUAUGACAACCGGCAUGCGGUAGACAAUCUGAACCUUACUUUCUACGAGGGCCAUGUCACAUCUCUGCUGGGUCACAAUGGUGCUGGAAAAACCACAACAAUGUCGCUUCUGACAGGCUUGUUUUCACCUACUUCUGGCACCAUUGAGGUGUAUGGAAUGGAUAUGCAGACGUUUAUAGAUGAUGUGCGUAAGGAGAUGGGUGUGUGCAUGCAGUAUGAUGUCCUCUUUGACCACCUUACCACCAAGGAACACCUGCUGUUAUACGCUCAGAUUAAAUCCCCCCAGUGGACUAAACAUGAAGUGAACGAACAAGUGCGCAAAACCCUAAAGGAAACAGGCAUGUAUGCCCACCGCCAUAAACGCGUCGGCACCCUAUCAGGUGGUAUGAAGAGAAAGCUAUCCAUCUCUAUCGCCUUCAUAGGAGGCUCUCGGCUGGUGGUGCUGGAUGAACCGACCACAGGGGUGGACCCUUGCUCUCGCCGCAGCAUCUGGGACAUUGUCCUUCAGCAUAAGCAAGAACGCACCAUCAUUCUUUCCACCCAUCACCUGGAUGAAGCUGAAGUUUUGAGCGACCGUAUCGCCUUCCUGGAGCGCGGAGGCUUGAAAUGCUGCGGUUCUCCGUUUUACCUCAAAGACAAGAUGGCUAAAGGCUACAACCUCACUCUUACAAAGAGGGUUCAGCCUCAUGAUUCAAAAGAGAAGUUUGACGGUGAGCAGCUGAAGGAGUUUAUUCAGUCCUACAUGCCUGAGGCACAGCAGAAGGAGGGAGAUGUGGGCGAUUUGGUGUACUCCCUCCCGCCGUACAGCCUCCAGAAUGCCGCCGCGUACCAAUCCCUGCUCACCAGUCUGGAUCAGAACCUGGACAAGCUUCAGCUGGGCUGCUACGGCAUAUCCGACACCACCCUCGAAGAGGUCUUCCUGCAGUUGACUCGAGACGACAUGGAGCCCGAAGUAAGCAGCCUCCACUCCGUGUCCGAGUCUGUGGUGGUUAAUGACAUGUUUGCUUCGAGAGAAAGUCUUUCAGAUGACCUCAACAGCACGUAUCUUGGAGAGAAAGCCAGUCUCACCGGUAGCUCAACUGUGAGCGGUGUGGCCCUGACCGCACAGCGCGUGAUGGCCAUGUUGCUGAAACGCGUCCAUCACUCCAAGAGGGAUUGGAAAGGUCUGUUUUCCCAGGUGCUGCUCCCUGUGUUCUUCGUAAUUGCUGCGAUGGGCCUGGGCUCUAUCAAGAGUGAUCUUCAGCACUUUCCUGAAAUGGAGCUGUCACCUGCUCUGUACCACGUUGAUGAACAAUAUGCUUUUUUCAGCAAUCAGAAUCCCAACAGCAGCAGCCUUGUCGAUAUGAUGAUGUCCUAUCCAGGCAUUGACCACUUCUGCAUGAAAGACCCCAGUAACUCGAUUUGCAAAGACAGGCAAAAAACAGAACCCCAGACCUGGAUCUCCAAAGGCAACAGUUCGGCUACGUUCUCCACCUGCAAGUGUAGCAACCAAGUGCAGUCAUGUCCUGCGUCAGGUUACGAUCCACCUCACAUACGAAAUCCAUCAUCCCAGAUUGUCUUCAACUUGACAGGCAUCACAGUAGAAAACUAUCUGCUGUCCACCGCAAAUGACUUCAUUAGAAACAGAUAUGGGGGCUGGGACUUUGGAAGCCCCCUCCCUGUUGAUCUCAAGAUGGAUAUGGUAGAUGUACCAAAGAACAGAACUCUUGCGAAGGUUUGGUAUAAUUCAGAAGGCCAUCACACCGCGCCUGCUUACCUCAACAGCCUGAAUAACUUUCUUCUGAGAUCCAGUCUGCCACCAGAAAAACGACAAAAAUACACUAUCUCAGUAUCCAGCCACCCAUACCCUGGCCAAGUUCAAAGCGAAGAUGUCAUGGUGGGAAGUCUGGUUAGCAUCCUGGUCGCGCUCUGUGUCCUCACCGGCUACUCCAUCAUGACUGCCAGCUUUGUCAUCUAUGAGGUUCAGGAACAUUACAACGGUUCCAAGAGACUCCAGCAGAUCUCGGGCAUCAGCGAGCCUUUUUACUGGAUCAUCAACUUCUGCUAUGAUAUGACUCUGUACAUGGUUCCUGUGAUCCUCUCAGUGGCUAUGGUGGCAGCGUUUCAACUCUCCGCCUUCACAGACAGAAACAACCUCGGCGCAGUCACUCUUCUGCUGGUGCUAUUUGGCUUUGCCUCCUUCCCUUGGAUGUACCUGAUGUCUGCCGUAUUCAAGGAUGCAGAGAUGGCCUUCAUCGGCUAUGUUUGCAUCAAUCUCUUCAUCAGCGUCAACACCAUCAUCUCCACUUCCAUUAUUUACUUUCUUGGUCAGCUCAACACUAAUGAUCUGAGUGUCCAGAAAGUGUACGAAACCAUGAGCAACGUGUUUCUAGUCUUCCCUCAGUACAGCUUUGGGAAUGGGCUGAUGGAGCUGACACGGGUUGACAUGCAGGUCCAGAUCCUAAAGGGUUACGGGGUGGACGCCUACAAAGACCCCUUCAGCAUGGACGUGCUGGGCUGGAUGUACAUCUCCAUGUUCCUGCAGGGUUUCAUCUGCUUUACACUCCGCCUCUUAUUUAACAAAUCACUCAUUCGCAAAGUCAGGCGUUUAAUCUGUCCUAAGAAGAAUGUUGUUCAGAGCUACAGCCCCAAUGAUGAUGAAGAUGUGAUAGCCGAACGACAUCGAGUGGAGAGAGGAGGUGCAAGUUCAGAUAUUCUGCAGCUUAACCAGCUCACUAAAGUCUACCAGCAACUAAAGAAAAGAGUUCCGGCUGUAAAGACUCUGUCUGUGGGAAUCCCAGCUGGAGAGUGCUUUGGAUUGCUGGGAGUCAAUGGUGCAGGAAAGACCACCACCUUCAAGAUGCUGACAGGAGACAUUAGCCCUACCGAUGGCUCAGCAAAGAUCCUUGACAUUGACGGGAGAAUGGUCGACAUCAUAGACUGCAGGAGGGAGGGGAUAAACAUUGGUUACUGCCCCCAGGUGGAUGCUCUCGAUGACCUUCUGACUGGAGAGGAACAUCUCUAUUUCUACUCCCGCAUCAGAGGCAUUUCCAAAAGAGAAAUUGACCGGGUUGUGAACUAUCUGCUGAAAAAGAUGGAGCUGAAUUACCACCGACACAACACAAGUGAGAGCUACAGUUGUGGCACACGUCGAAAACUUUCCACGGCUCUUGCCCUGAUCGGAAACCCUCAAAUCCUUCUACUGGAUGAACCCAGCUCUGGAAUGGACCCACGAUCCAAACGUCACCUUUGGAAGAUCAUCCAAGAGCAGGUGAUGGGGAAAUGCGCAGUGGUGCUGACGUCACACAGUAUGGAGGAGUGUGAGGCUCUGUGUACCCGUUUGGCUAUAAUGGUAAAAGGAGAGUUCAGAUGUCUCGGCUCCCUGCAGCACAUCAAGAACAGGUUCGGCAAAGGAUUCACGGUUAAAAUGUACUUAGCUGAAGCCUCCUGUGAUGUCGAUAUGAUCAGUAACUUCAUGGAGCAAAAUUUCCCAGGCGUGUGCCUAAAGGACCAUCAUUCCAACAUGGUCGAGUAUCACGUGCCUGCUGCUCCUGGUGGCGUGGCCUCCAUCUUUAACCAGCUGGAGUCCAACAAGGCUGUACUGCAAAUCAAACACUUUUCGGUCAGCCAGACCACACUGGAUGAGGUUUUCAUUGACUUUGCUAUGGGGAAGGAAGGCCCAGACGCACAGGAACUGACUGAAGGCUCGGACAUUGACAGUUUGGACUCCUACGACGCUUCUAACACAUAAACUACUCGAUUUGCACUCAAUGGCACACAAUGAACCAUAAAAAAGAAAUUAAUUUAUACAUAUAGGAACUUAUAUAUACUAUUUUAUGUCUUGGUGUCUGAUUUGUAUGAAGGGCAAAAAAAAACACUGUUUUUAGAUAAUGAAAUCUCCAAAUAUCUUAUAAAUAAUUAUUGAAGACUCCUAUUUCAUUCAAUUUUAUUUAUAUAGCACUUUUACAGAAAAGCAAAGUUUAAGAUGGAGUAUUUGAAGUUACAUAAAACGAAUAAUUAAAAUGAAGAAUUUGUUACUUCUUUUUUGCUCUUCCAAACAUUCUUGUUUCAAAUUAAUAGACAUGCUAUUUUUAUGCUAAAGUAUUUUUCAUUAUGGCAAUAAAUUAUUCUCUAUUGAAACCAUACAUUUGUAUCACCUUUAAAUAAAAUAGGUCAAAUUAUCUUCAGAAACUCUACAUUAUUUGUUUACAUGCUUUAAAAGCAUUUUCUGCUAUAAAUUCAAGUAGCAGUAGUAACUUAAUUUAAAAACAUCUUUCUAGCUCUUCUUAAUUUUCUUCCUUUAAUAAUUUAAAUGAACAACCAAAAUGUGUUACUCAACGCUGGGAUGAAAUAUGUAUGCAGUGAGUGAAGAUUUUAUUCUUAAAUUGCUGGCUACAUUAACGCUGAACUUCUUUAGGGGGUUCAUAUAAAUCACAAUGACCUUUUUGGUUCCAAGAUAUAAAAUGAUUCUUCAAUAUCUGCACAUCUUGACUCUCAUUAAUAGUUUCUCUGAAGGCACAUCUCCUGAGCGUGAAUAUACUGAAUAUUUCAUUGGCUCUUCUGUCUGCUUCAAGGCACGGUUCCUCUUUUAAAAAUGUACCAUGCUUAUUUUUACAUUAAAGCUAUUUUUCA